CAGGCUACUGUCAUUUUGUUAUGGGACGAAACUACUCGGCCUACGAAGAGUCUGAUUGUUUUGCUGGAACCUCGGACGAUAUUGCUACUAAUCAUACAAACCCAAGUUUAGAUAGUGAGGAGACAAUCUAUUUCGGAUGAGCUUUCUGUUACAAACGAAAGGUCAAGUAAAACGAUCGUGAUACACGCAUAUCGUGACUCACUUAAAUCGCGACAUGGCGCAAUUUAAUCUUUGUUUCCGGGUAGCUUUUCUCGCUGUACUUCUUCCACUGACUUCAGGGGCUUGUGUUGACUUUUACCUUGGAAUGGGAAGUGGAACAAUUCCAGAUAGUAAUAUAAAUGCUUCUUCAGUACAAAGUGCCAGCACACCAGCCACAAAUGGGCGACUAAACUACACAUCAGGAUCAUCAUGGUGUGCAGGAACAAGUGACAAGAACCCAUAUCUACAGAUUGAUCUACAGACACUUCAUAUCAUCUGUGCUGUGUCUACUCAAGGGAAUUCUCAAGCAGAUCAGUGGGUGAAGACCUACACUCUACAAUUAUCCACAGAUGGGACAACUUGGACAGAUUAUAAGGAAGGUGGACAGGUUAAGGUUUUAGAGGGAAACAAGGAUAUAAACUCAAAUGUCAAGCAUGUUCUAUAUGGAUUGUUAACAAGAUAUUUGCGAUUCCUGCCACAAACACACCAAGGUGAGGUGUGUAUGAGAACAGAGGUGUUUGGGGUGCCACAGAAGCCAACAUGUGAUUCACAGGCAAUUGGUUUGGCCAGCGGUGGUAGAAUUCCAGAUGACAGCUUCUCAGCCAGUUCAAUAUAUAAUUCAAGAUAUAAAGCUAAAUAUGGUCGUCUUAAUGGAACAGGGGCAUGGGAACCUAAGACUACUACUGAUCCUGAUGACUACCUACAAAUUGACCUUCUCUAUGAGUAUGUUAUCUGUGCUGUAGCUACUCAAGGAAAUCCACCAUCCAAUUCAGCAGCUCAAGAAUGGACCACAGAGUACAAACUAAGAUUUUCUUUCAAUGGUACUACUUUUUUCCCUUACAAAGAAAAUAAAACUGACAAGGCCUUUCCAGGAAAUUCAGGAAAAACUGACACAGUUAAAAACAGUCUAAAGGAAUUUGCAAGUGCAAAGUUUAUACGCUUUUUGCCAACAAAGUAUUAUAGGUUCAAGGUUUUGAGAGUGGAGGCCUAUGGAAUACUUUUCACUAAAGUCCCAUCACAGCCUCCUACUGCCUUCAAGCUGACUGCAACAUCUUCUACCAGCAUUGCAGCUUCCUGGCAGUUACCUCCAGUCUAUGCCAGACAUGCGACUAUUAAAGGGUUUAAACUUUUUUACACAGAGAAAGGUUCUGGUGUGUCAGUGACAAACUUGACUAUAAGUGGGGAAUCGACAUUCAGUAGAAAUGUCACAGGGCUUAAUGAGUACACAGAAUAUGCAUUUCAAGUGCUGGCUUUUACUUCUGAUGGUGAUGGACCAAAGAGUUCUGUUGAGGUGGAAAGGACAAUGGAAGAUGGUAUGUGACAGAUUAGGAACAAUGAUAAUCUAAUUGCUGUAUUUAUAGUUUGUUAAACAGUAUGUUCAUCAGGAGUGUG